UAUUUACUGAGUCCGUCUGUUUUUGACUCCGCGCCGUUUGUCUACCGUUUCCUCCGUUUUAAUGAGCGCGAAAUAAACCGCCUAAUAUUAAAAUCCCCAAUUUAAUAAGGUAGGUAGAAAAUUAAAACCCUAAUUUAUGAACCCUUCUCUGUCUGAAAAAGGAAAGUGAAAAUCAAGAGUCAUUAACUCUCUGAACCGUACGAAUUCGCUCUGCAACAACCUAAUUGAAGAAGACACACCUAAACUGAAGAAAGGGACAUGAAUCAUUAAGGCAAAGAAUGCUUGUGGAUAUUAAUUUUCAUUAUGGGGGCACUUGGGUAUCUAAUCCAGACUUACAGUAUGUUGAUGGGUUUGUGGAAAAAAGGAACACUUUGAUUCUGAUUACAUGUCUAUUGAUGGUAUUAGGGCAAAAUAUAGAGAUGAUUUAGGAUUCCCAUAUAUUAGAAGGAUAUUUAUGUGUAAACCAAGGAAACCACUAGGUCAGGGUCUGUUUUUGGUAGCAACUGACAAUGAUAUUAAAAAGGCUUUGAAGUAUGUAGUAUAUGCAUUUGAGUUGGACAUUUAUGCUGAUCAUGAGGUUGAUGAACCUGUGUUUGCACAUACUCGUGGGACAUUGCCAUGGCAUGGUGGCAAUCCUAAUUACCCUGACCGUGAUGAAGUGGAUCUUACUGAUGUGCCAGUAGUAGAUUUGACAGAUUGAAUGGAUGAGGUAGAGGUGCUUGAUCAGGAAGCAAGUGGUGAGGUUGAGGUAGGUAACAAGGAAACAAGUGGUGAGGAUGAGAAGGUAGUUGAUCAGUUAGAAAGUGGUGAGGGUGAGGAGGUAGCUGCUCAGUCAAAAGAUGGUGAAGGUGAGGAGGGAUGUGACUCAGAAAGUGGUGAAGGUGAGGAGGAAGCCUACUCGGAAAGUGGUGAGGGUGAGGAGUCAGUUGACUCAGAAAGGGAAAAAAUGAUUUACCUAAUAAUGUUGAGGGUUGUGAGGACUCGAAUGACAGUGAGUAUGUACCUGAGAAUGCAGAAGGCUGUGAGGACUCUGCUUCCAAUGACAGUGUGUAUUUCUCAUCAAGUGAUAUGGGAUCUUAUGAGGAGGGUGACUCUAGUGAUUCUGAGAGAGAAGAUGCAGUUAGGAGGAAAAGCAGUCACUCCAAGUACAAGGAAAAAGGUGGUUGUCCAGAAUUGAAGCUAGGAUUAACAUUUUCAAAUGCUAAGGAGUGUAGGAUGGCUAUUUUCAAGUAUGCAAUUUUUCAUGGAAAACGAGUGACAUUUAAAUAGAAUGAGCCUAAUAGGUUGAGGGCAGUAUGUGAAGCUAAUUGCCCUUUUCUUGUAUAUGCUUAUAGAAAUAAGCCUGAAGAGAAGUUAGUGAUCAGAACUUUCAGAGAUGGGCAUGAAUGUGGUAGGGUUUAUGAGAAUCCAAGAUGCAGUUCUCGUUUUUUAGCUCAGUAUUUUAAGGAAAGGUUGAGGAAUGAUCCAUCUUGUAAGGUUAAAGCUAUGAAGAAGUUAGUUAGACAAGAACUAAAGCUGAAUGUGUCAGAGUCAUUAUGCAAACAAGCUAAGAGGUUAGUGAAGAAGGAGCUGUCUACUAAUUACUUGACUGAGUAUGCAAGGCUAGAAGCAUAUGCAUCAGAGAUAAGGAGUAAUCCUGGGAGUGCCUGUGAUGUGCAAUUAAUGCCACAAUACCUUAGAGAUGGAAGGAGAGUGUUUUGGAGGAUGUUUGUUUGCUUUGAUGCUUGUAGAAGAGGGUGGAUAAAUGGAUGCGGGCCCAUAAUAGGAAUGGAUGGUUGUUUCCUAAAGGGACCAUGUAAGGGUCAACUACUAGUGGCAGUUGGGAAAGAUGGAAACAACCAUAUGUUUCCAGUAGCAUGGGCCAUAGUUGAUGUGGAGGACAAACCAAAUUGGAGGUGGUUUUUGGACAGACUGUCUCAAAUGUUGGACUUGAAGGGUGGCAUUGGGCUGACUAUCAUAUCUGAUAUGCAAAAGGGCUUGAUUCCUGCUAUUGAAGAGGCACUCCCUCAAGCAGAGCAUAGAUGGUGUGCUAGGCACAUCUAUGCUAAUUGGAGCAAGGAUUUCAGAGGGGGAGAACUUAAGCAAAAAUUCUGGAAAUUGUGCUUGGAGUACAUAUGAAGAU